GAAAUCUACCACCAAGCAUGCAGAACGCGAGGACAGCGAUGAAGAAGACGUCGACCAUGCACCGCGUCAUGGAGUACGCGGCCAAGCCGCAGAACGGCGUGACGCUCCAGGAGCUCCUCGAGUUUGGCACCGACAUCACGCCGGCCAAGCUCAUCCACAGCGCCAAGUUCCUCCACCACGAGAUGCCGAUCCGGUACGCGCACCGCGUCAAGGACCUCGACACGCUGCCGUACGGGCUCUGCCAAAUGCCAUCCGUGCGCCAAGUCAAGGAGUGGUACAUUCACUCGAUGGAAGAGCUCCUCGCCUUUCCAAAGGUGCAGACCGCGGCCGACGAGCGACGCUUCACGUCCAUGAUCGAGUCGAUCAAGGACCGCCACAAUGCGACGCUCUUCACGAUGGCCCGCGGUGUGCACGAGCUCAAGCAAGCCAUGAGCACCGCCGAAGCCAAGGGUGAGCUCGGUAUCUCCAUGGCCGAUAUGAUCGACUUGCACUCGUUCCUUGAUGGCUUCUAUCUGAGCCGCAUUGGCAUCCGCAUGCUCAUGGGCCAGCACAUUGCGCUUCACGAAAAGGAAGACGGCUGGGUCGGCUGCAUUUGCGAAGCGACGUCGCCUGCCGAGGUUGCGCUUGCGGCCGUCGACAUGGCCCGGCACAUGUGCAUCCGGCAAUAUGGCGACGCACCGGACGUCGAGCUGCAUGGCGACUGCAAUUUCACCAUGCCGUAUGUGCCGAGCCAUCUGCACCACAUGCUCUUCGAGGUCAUGAAGAACUCGAUGCGUGCGGUGGUCGAGUUCCACGGCGUCGACAACGCGCUGCCCGCGAUCAAGCUCAUUGUCGCUGACGGCGACCAAAACGAAGACGUGAGCUUGAAGAUCUCGGACGAAGGCGGCGGUAUUCCGCGCUCGGCCCUCCCGCGCAUUUGGAGCUACAUGUACACGACCGCCAACUCGCAGGCCUUUGACUCAAUGGUCGGCGAGUCGAUGCCAAUGGACUUUGGCGGCGAGUCGCCGCUCGCCGGUCUCGGGUAUGGCCUGCCCAUUAGCCGCCUUCUCACGCGCUACUUUGGCGGCGACCUCCAAAUCAUCUCGAUGGAAGGGUACGGCACGGACGCGUACUUGCAUCUGCGCCGCGUCGGCGACGCGUCGGAACCGUUGCCCUAACCGCACAUUAUCUCCUCUAAUCUAUCAUUAUAUAUAUUGUAAUAUUUCUACUGUCUGC